CCGGGUGACACGGAUGGUAGGGGCAGGGGGAGCGCUGACACAUCACAUCCACAUCACUGGCUGAGCGCUGACAUAUUCCAUAGCGCAGUACUGGGAGAUGGCCGGGCUGUGACCCUCCCAGUGUCCGCACUGUCCCUCGUGACUCCUGGAUCCGGCCUGCAGCUCCCAUUACACAACAUGUCUUCCCAACCCGCAGCGCCCGCACCCCCGGGGCCAGUGUCUCCUGGAGGCCGCCGGCUGGAGAUCAGCCUGGAACUCCAACAGAGAGCCUACACCCUGUGCAGAGAGUACCUGAGAGGGGUCUGGAGGAUCAUCCAACCGCAACAAAUGAGAGUGGCUGUGGUCAGUGGUGGUCUCAGUAACCUUCUGUACAAGUGCAGCCUUGUAAACUCCGUGGAAACACAGUCCACUGAGCCUCGACAGGUUUUACUGAGAAUAUAUGGGGCUAUUUUACAGGGUGUGGAUUCGCUGGUUCAGGAGAGUGUGAUGUUUGCAAUUCUUGCUGAGAGGUCCCUUGGCCCACGGUUAUAUGGAGUAUUCCCACAAGGUCGUCUGGAGGAAUAUAUUCCAAGUAGGCGACUGGUGACCUCUGAGCUCAGUGACCCGGAAAUAUCCAGGGAGAUUGCAGAGAAAAUAGCCAGAUUUCAUGGCAUGGAAAUGCCAUUCAAUAAGGAGCCAAUAUGGUUGUUUAGUACAAUGGAUAAAUACAUGUCUCAGAUCUCAUCUCUUUCAUUCACACAAGAUCAUCUCGUGGAAAAGUUUAACCAGCUGAAGAGUUUUCACUUGGAGGAAGAGAUGAAAAACCUGAGGCGCCUCUUGGAAUCGACACCAUCACCUGUUGUCUUCUGUCACAAUGAUGUUCAGGAAGGUAAUAUCUUACUUCUUUCAACUCAAUCUUCACCUACAGACCGGCUCAUGCUUAUUGACUUUGAGUACAGCAGCUACAAUUACAGAGGAUUUGAUCUAGGAAAUCACUUUUGUGAAUGGGUAUAUAAUUAUCAUCACGAUGAGUGGCCUUUCUACAAAGCACAACUGGAAGACUAUCCAACCCGUGAACAACAGCUUCAUUUUUUCCGUUCAUAUCUUGCUGAGAGCUGUCCGGACCUUAGUGAGGAGGAAUGUCUUGUUCAGAUAGAAGCAAUGGUUCUAGAGGUUAACAGGUUUGCUUUGGCCUCGCAUUUCUUUUGGGGUCUGUGGUCUAUAUUGCAGGCAAAAAUGUCCACUAUUGAAUUUGGAUAUCUGGAAUAUGCCAUCUCUCGGUUUGAAGCAUAUUUUCAACAAAAACGUCUCUGGUCAUGAUUUUUAAAUAAAUAUGCAACUGAACGGUUAUUUAAUUUUACAAAAAUCCUUCUUAUUCCUGAACGGUUAUUAUUUAAUUUUCCAAAAUUCCUCCUUAUUGUCACUGUUUUCUGGCUUCUGAGACUCUUCCCUUUGCAGCAGUUCAGCUGAAGUCACUCGAAUGUGUUCGUUUAAAGAAAUCACCUGGACACUCUUGUUUCAAAGAUACAGUUCCUGAACCUGCAGUACUGCUACCUAUACCAAGGUCAUCUUACUACGAAUUUGCAAUGCUGCUAAGUGUCAGACCAAAAUAAUGCAGAUAUUUGUGUCAAUUGUGCAUGUUUAAUUUAACCGUUUUUUAUUUUAAAUUAAUAAAAACCUUUUUAAAGUA